AUGACCGGCACACCGGGCUCUCCCCGCAGCAUCGACGACGACUUUACUCAUAUAACUAAUUCGAUGGUCUCAAUCAAACCUCCGUCGCCCCCCGUCGAGACGGAAGCUGAGCGAGAUGAGCAAGCGAAAUAUAGACUUGUAUAUUCAAAAUCAAAGGUCUAUGUGCACCCUACGGCCUACGCACGAGACAACAUACCCGGGUUCAUUAGCAUCGUCAAGAGAGAUGCCAUCAGCCCAACUUAUUUUCUUGCUUGGGUCCCCGAAACUCUCCUGGGCGAGCGUGGUAACGAUGAGUGGUCCAAGUUCUUGCGUGUAGAGGCCGAGUAUGGCUCCGGUGGACACAGCCUAGAUGAAGAAGAAGAUGCGGUGAUCAUUAAACCACCCAUACCAAAGGGCGAAUCCUAUGCGUUUUCUAUACCACUUUCCUCUAUCUACAGUGCCGUAGUUCAGCUGCCAACUAUUUCUUCGUGGUACGGGUCCAUGACCUUUAAUCUGACUUCUGGAGCUACACUUCAGACCAUCUAUUUCCACGACGAGGAAUCCCGGUCUAUCAGCCAACUCACACCCAAGAACCGUGCAGCUAGUGGCAUCGCCAGCUGGGGCGGCGAAGAUUUGCUUCAGCGUCUCAAAUCUUACUGCCAUAUAUUGAAAUCAUCUUUGCAGCCCAAUUUGUUCCUCUUUGACCCAUCUAAACCCGACAUAGAGGCUCACACAAUGGUUUUAUUUGAUGACGAUGCUGCAGACCUCAUCAUGGCUCAAUCAACAGACUCGCCUAUUCCUCAUCAUCGACGUCCUAAUCGUCCAUCUCGUUCCUCGGGCUCGUCAAGUGGCUCUGUUCCCUCUCCACGGCUUACACCAAAUGGCUCGCCAGCCCCCUUCCCAAAUCCACGGUAUUCUACCCGUACUUCUGUGUUACACGAGACCUUGCCCGUAUAUCCCCCAACUAGCUUUGCUCCCCUCACCUCUCCUUCGCGCAACUCACUCCUUCAAUCAUUUUCUCAGUUGACCCGAGCAACUCGACACGCAGCUCAGCAAAUCCUUUCCCACCCACUUGCUCAGCCUAUUGUUCCACAUCUACCAUCUCCAAUGCAGAGUUUUGUCAAUGCGAGUGGCGAAUGGGCUGGGUUACUCGAGAAAGGCGGGAUGGGAGAAUUCGAGUCUGCAAGAGUAUAUUUGGCGAGGUGGGCUAGAGUUGUUGCUGAGGAAGGUGAACGAGCUAGGAGAAGAGAAGUGAGGGUCGUGGGGGGUUCAGGAAAUGAGAGAGAAGAAGGGGAACUAGGAGUGUUUGAGCUACUUGCGAAAUCGGCCAAUUUACCCACGCCUAAAUCGACGAGGAAUCCCAAGAACGCAAUUGACAAAGAUACAUGGCUAGGGUGGUUCGACGAGACAGGGAGACCGACAAUCUCGGAGGAAGACAUGCGCAAGGAGGUGUUUAGACGGGGCUUUUCAACGUUAGAGGCACGAAGAUUGGCAUGGCCGAGUGUAUUAAAUGUCCUGCCAUGGGACACGGAUCAACAAACUAGAGAGAAUAUGUGGGCUGAGAAAAAAGCUUUAUAUGAGGAAAUCAAAGGUCAAUGGUUUGAGGUUGAAGAGGUUUUAAAGCGCCCUGAGGUGGCGGAAGAGAGGCAUCGAGUGGAUGUGGAUCAAAUGAGAACGCUGCGCAAGCCGCAGCAACGAGCAUGUGGACCGCCUAGGGUUAUCUUGCUGACCUACAACUUUUACGAGAAGGAACUUGGCUAUGUCCAAGGCAUGUCCGAUCUGUGUGCUCCUAUCUAUGUCGUGUGUGGUGCAGACGAGGUCAAGACAUUUUGGUGCUUCGUGGAGGUUAUGGAACACAUGGCACUUGGAAAGGGCCGACGCUUUGAACCUGUUCUUCUGCUUCAGAUGGGUCUGAUCGCAUUUAAGCGUGAAUUCCCGUUUGACGAUGUAAUGAGGCUCUGGGAAAUUCUCUGGACAAACUACUAUACCAACCAAUUUGUGUUAUUUGUUGCUUUGGCUGUGUUAGAAUCACACAGGGAUGUGAUUAUGCGGUAUUUGGUUGAGUUUGAUGAGAUACUCAAAUAUUGUAAUGAUCUGAGUAUGACGAUUGAGCUCGAUUCAACUCUCGCCCAAGCGGAGGUGUUAUUCCUGUCCUUCCAACAGAUCGUUUCUGAUAUUGACCGCCGUCAAGCCGAACAGAGUCUAUCGUCGUCUCCUGAAGGGCUACGACGUAGGCGUGGGGACAGUAGACCUGGCUCCCCUAUUAGUCUUCCUGCUGGAGCGAGCGAAGAAGACAGGACCCGGGCUGCGUUGAGUAUGUCGCUUAUAAGCGACAAUUUGAGGGAGCUUUUGAAGAGGUAG